CAUAUUUAUGGUAGAAGAAGGACUGAGUAAGUAAGUAGAAACAAUGAAAGAAUCCAUGAGUAUUGUUGCUGCUCCUGCAACCAUUCUUUUUAUUGUGUUACUUGCCCUUUUAACCAUUAAUAGUAGCUUCUGCAGUGGACGAUCUGACUUGGGAUUCUUCAAGAGUGAGAAACAAGAUCUUUUAAGGUUUAAUCAAGAUCCUUCCAAUCGCCUUGACUCUUCCGACUCCGACCUCCCUCGUAGAACUCUUAAAGCAGCUUAUGAGCAGCCAAAAACGGUUGGCGUCAAACAACUUCCAUGGAAGAAUCUUCAAUAUCUUGACCUUCGUUCCAACUUGUUCGAAGGACCAAUUCCAGUUCCGCCACCUGACAUGAAAGUCUUUUUAGUAUCAAACAAUAAUCUGACAGGAGAAAUACCUCAUUUAAUAAGCAAUAUGAGUACCCUUGAAGUUCUUGAUCUUUCCAACAAUAGCUUGACGGGUACCAUUCCAGAAUGCUUGGGACACUUCAGCAACAGUUUGCGCGUGUUGGAUCUGCAGGAGAAUAAGUUUCGUGGCAACAUUCCUGGAGUAUUUACAAAGGGCAAUGACUUGAGGACUCUCAACUUCAAUGGCAAUGAAUUGAUAGGGCCAAUCCCAACAUCUUUGCUUAAUUGUACAAAGUUGGAAGUCCUAGAUCUGGGAAAUAACAAGAUAAACGGGUCCUUCCCAAAAUGGUUGGGAAGCCUUCCGGCAUUACAGGUUCUUGUUCUUCGUUCUAAUAAAUUUUAUGGUCUUGUAACGGAUCCUAAAGCCAAUAGUACUUCUUUCUUUAAGUUGAGAAUUUUUGAUAUCUCGAACAACAAUUUUAGUGGUUCAUUACCUGUGAGUUACUUUGAGAAUAUGAAAUCCAUGAUGAGUGUUGAAGUUAAAAAGAAGCCUCAGUAUAUGGGAGACAGGUAUUAUGAUGAUUCAGUGACGCUUGUAGUGAAAAAGCUCGAGGUUAAACUAGUGAAAAUUCUUACUAUUUUCUAUACCAUUGAUUUCUCGAAUAAUAGCUUUAAUGGUAAGAUUCCAGAAGUAAUUGGAAAGCUUCGAGCACUUAAUCACCUCAACCUUUCUCAAAACAAUCUUACAGGUCAGAUUCCUCCAUCGUUGGGCAAUUUGAAAGGAGUCGAAGUCUUAGACCUUUCUUCAAACAAACUUGGCGGGAGAAUUCCAUGGCAGUUAACUGAUUUGACAUUUCUCUCUUUGCUGAACCUGUCACAAAACCACCUUAUGGGACGUAUUCCUGAAGGGAACCAAUUCGGUACAUUCUCAAGUGAUUCGUACGAAGGAAACUGGGGAUUAUGUGGAGUUCCAUUAAAGAAGAAAUGCAGCAGCGGUGAGCCUUCCCAGCCAUCCCCGAGAUCAGGUGAUACAGACUCUGAAAAAGAUUUUGGUUGGAAAGUUGUGUUGAUGGGUUAUGGAUGUGGGACGGCGUUUGGAUUGAUUAUUGGAUGUCUUGUGUUCACAACAAGAAAGCCUCAAUGGCUUGUAAACGCAGUUGAAGGGAAUUCCCACAAAACGGUGAGAAGGAUUAAGAACAAACAGAAAAGAAGAAGAAAUUAGUGUUUGAAAGUAGUUUUCUCUUUUUGGUAUCAUGUAUCAGCCAUACAUAAUGUAACCGACUUUAGCAAUAGCAAACUGUCUUCUCCUUC